AUGGUCCUGCUGGAUGUGGUAAAGGUGUUUAUUGUCCUGACACCACAGUUUCUGUCCCGUGAUAAGGACCAGCUGACCAAGGAGCUGCAGCAACAUGUAAAGUCAGUGACAGUCUCAUGCAAGUCCCCAAGGAAGGUGGAGUUUGUCCUGGAGCUGCUGAAAACCGUCACUGGAAAGAUUAAACAAAGUGAACUUCGGAAAAGGAGCUCGGGGGACCACCAGGGGGCCACCAGAGGCUCAGAAAAGCAGGGGGCAGAGAAGGCCCAGCCUGGGGAUGAGAGAAGCACAUACUGUCCACUUCCCAUCCACCUCUGGAGAUCUAUGGAAGCUAAAGUGCAAGCUGAAGUCCAAGAGGUGACGAUGAAGGUCAACAGUCAUUGCGAAAUCUUUGGGCAAAGAAAGACUGUUGAGGAAGAGUAA